CUAUUUCACAGUCUUCUCAUUCCUGUCCUGCAGCUGCAGUCCUCUCUCUACUCCUCUCCUACUUGUCUUGUCUUAACUUUGCAGCAAAAAUGGACACAGCUGGAAAGGUCAUCAAAUGCAAGGCAGCAGUGGCCUGGGAGCCCAACAAGCCUUUGGUGAUUGAGAAGAUAGAGGUAGCCCCGCCCCAGGCCAAUGAAGUCCGCAUCAAGAUUGUGGCGACUGCAGUGUGCCAUACGGAUCUUUACCAUCUUUUGGAGAACAUGAACAAAGAUGGCUUCCCAACAGUCCUCGGCCAUGAGGCAGCUGGCAUUGUAGAGAGUGUUGGGCCUGGAGUCACUGACUUUGAGCCAGGAGAUAAGGUGAUUCCUCUGUUCCUCUCCCAGUGUAGAGAAUGUCGCUUCUGUAAGAGUCCAAAGACCAACCAGUGUGAAAAAGCAUGGACUGUUCCUCAUGAUGCGAUGGCAGGGCCAGACUCCAGGAUUACCUGUAAGGGGAAGAAAGUGCUGCAGUUUGUGGGAACCAGCACCUUCUCUGAGUACACUGUGGUUAGAGAGAUCGCUUUGGCUAAGAUCGACCCCACUGCCCCUCUGGACAAAGUCUGUCUCCUUGGCUGUGGGGUUUGUACUGGAUAUGGAGCAGCAGUCAAUACAGCUAAGGUGGAACCAGGCUCCACAUGUGCUGUGUUUGGCCUGGGAGCUAUAGGUCUGGCUGCAGUCAUGGGCUGCAAAGCUGCAGGAGCCAAGAGGAUUAUCGCGGUUGACAUCAAUCCAGAGAAGUUUGAGAAGGCUAAGGUGUUCGGCGCAACUGAAUUUGUGAACCCCAAUGAUCACAAUAAACCCAUCAGCCAAGUGAUAGCUCAGAUGACCGAUGGAGGAGUGGACUACUCUCUGGAAUGUGUUGGGAAUGUGGAAGUCAUGCGCAAUGCCUUAGAAUCUUGUUUACAAGCCUGGGGUGUCAGUGUCAUUGUUGGCUGGACAGACUUGAAAGACUUUUCUGCGCGACCCAUUCAGCUCAUUGCUGGACGCACAUGGAAGGGCUCCAUGUUUGGAGGCUUUAAGAGUAGGGAUGGUGUGCCUGAGAUGGUUAAAGCCUACCUGGACAAGAAGUUGAAGCUGGAUGAGUUCAUCACUCACAAAAUGACUUUGGACCAGGUCAAUGAUGCCAUUGAACUGAUGAAGCAAGGCAAAUGCAUCCGGACAGUCCUGAGUGUUUCUCCACAGUAAAACCACUGUGUUGCUUUGAAUGACGUCAUGAAGUAAUUCAGUAAUUUACCACAGAAUUUCAUAAUCUAAUAAUAUCUUUGAAAAUAAUACAAUGUACAUAUUAUAGAUAUUUCACACAAUAUGUAUGCCUGACCUUGGACAAUCAACACUAUUCAGAGGAAUAUGUGUGGAUUGUGAUUACAAAAAUGAUCUUCAGUGUGUAAGUAAAAAGCUGUCAGAGUGUUUGUGAAGCAUAAUAAAUGGUCUAAACAGA